UUCCUCAACCCCCAAACUAUAUCUGUUGGUUGAUUUACAAAAAUUAGUAAAAAUGUUUGAACUGUGUAUUAUGUUAAUGUAUAUAUAACUAUAUAUCUAUACAUAUGAUGCUAAAUUUGUUAAAUUGCUCCAAGAAUCUGCAGAGAUCAAUAUGUAGCAGUAGUAGUAGUAGCAGCAGCAUCACCCAUGAACAAAUUUCCCACCUAAUAUUAGAUCGUAAAUCACCAAACGAAGCUCUUGAGACCUUCAAAUGGGCAUCAAAACUUCCCCAUUUUACCCACACCCAAUCCACUUACAGAGCUCUAGUCCACAAGUUAUGUACUUUUCGACGUUUUGAUUCCGUCCACCAACUGUUUGAUGAAAUGCCUAGCUCAAUUGGGUCACCCCCAAAUGAAGAUAUUUUUAUCACAUAUGUCAAUGGGUUAGGAAAAGCCCGAAUGUUUAAACAGGUGAUUAAUGUUGUUGACUUGGUUUCGAAAUUUAAGCUGACACCCACUUUGAAAAUCUAUAAUGCAGUACUAGAUGUUCUUGUUAAAGAAGAUAUUGAUAUAGCUAGGGGUUUCUAUAGAAAAAAGAUGAUGGGUUGUGGUGAUAUGUUUACUUUCGGAAUAUUGAUGAAAGGACUUUGCUUGACGAAUCGUGUAUCUGAUGCUUUUAAGCUUUUGCAGACGAUCAAGAAAAAGGGUAUGACGCCGAACACUGUAAUAUAUAACACGUUGCUUCAUGCUCUUUGUAAGAAUGGGAAACUUGGAUUAGGGAGGGCUAGAAGUUUGAUGAAUGAGAUAGUUGAUCCUAAUAGUGUUACGUUUAAUAUUCUAAUAACCGCGUAUUGUAAACAAGAUAAUUUAGUGCAAGCACUUGUGAUGUUAGAAAAGUGUUUUCGUGUUGGGUUUGUGCCUGAUGUGAUUACCGUUACUAAGGUGAUGGAAAUUCUAUGUAACAAGGAUCGUCCAAUGGAAGCACAUGCUGUUUUACAGAGAAUGGAGAAGAAUGGUGGUAAGAUCGAUGUGGUGGCUUAUAACACUUUGAUUAAAGGCUUGUGUAAAAUGAAAAAACCAAAGGCUGCACGACGGUUUUUAAAGGAGAUGGAGUUGAAGGGAUGCCUUCCAAAUAUAGACACUUAUAAUUCGUUGAUAUCUGGCUUUUGUGAGUUGGGUUUGUUAGAUACGGCUCUUGAUAUGUUUGAUGAGAUGAAGACGGCUGGGAUCAGCUGGACUUUCACUACAUAUGAUAUAUUGAUCCAUGGAUUGUGUUCACGGGGAAGGGUAGAAGAUGGGUAUAAAAUUUUGGAACUGAUGGAAGAGACCAGGAGUAGUUCAAUAAGCCGUCAUAUAAGCCCUUAUAAUAGCAUUAUAUAUGGUUUGUAUAAAGCAAACCGUAUUGAUGAGGCUCGUGAGUUCCUAACAAAGAUGGAAACGAAUUUUCCCAGAGCCAUUGAUAAAACCUUACAGAUAUUAGCACUUUGUGAAGAUGGUAAAAUACAAAACGCGAAGAAGAUAUAUGAUGAAAUGAUACAGCAAGGUAUCAACCCGAGCAUUCUUGUUUAUGUAACUUUAAUUCGCGGGCUUUGUCAAGAAAACUUGGUAAAAGAAGCAUUUGAGAUGAUGGAUAAGAUGUUAAAAUUGGGUUAUGUUCCUGAUGCAUCGACACUAAAUGCUUUAGUUAACGCACUCUGCGAAGAGGAUAAACUAGGGAGUGCAAUGAAGUUUCUUGAGGAUAUGGUCGGAAGAGGUUGUGCGACUGAUUCGGAUAGUUAUAGUCCUUUAAUAUGUGUAGUCUGCAAGAGAGGAGAUAUCCACAAGGGCUUGAUGCUCCUUAAUGAAAUGGUGGAAAGAGGUCAUGUUCCUAACUAUGUUGUAUGGAAUUCUUUAGUUAAUGGUUUUGCUAGAGAAUUUUCGUGGUUUAAAGGCAAGCAUUUGUAUCUAGUCAAUGAUAUGUUAGACUGGAUCCUUGAAACAUGAUUAUAGUUUGGUGUUUUUGGAAAGACAACUAAACAAAUUCAUACAUUUUUACAAAUAUUUCACCAUGAAACCUGAACACACAGCUUAUAGGUUGGUGGAUCAAAGGUAUUUUUUGAUAUGAGAAAUGUUU